AUGUCCGCCGAUCCCGAUCAGAACCCCUCCCCCGCCGACCUAGCCGAACGCGAACGCGAAGACAAAGAGCGCAAGGCCCGCGAGGAUGCCGAGCAAGCCCAGCUUCCCUACAAGUGGACUCAGACCAUUCAGGAUGUGGAUGUCACGGCUCCAAUUCCCGGCAAUCUCAAGGGUCGUGAUCUAAACGUGGUGUUGACCAAGACCAAAAUCAGUGUCGCGAUCAAGGGACAAGAGCCCCUCAUUCAGUUCAUGUACCUUGUGAAUUACAAAUCAAAGGCUAACCGGUUUUUCUGCUGUGCUCAGGGUGACUUCCCCCACGCUAUCCGAGUCGAUGAAUCCUCCUGGACCCUGGAGACUACCCCCACUCCGCCCGGAAAGGAAAUCAACAUCCACCUUGAUAAGGUCAACAAGAUCGAGUGGUGGCCUCAUGUCGUGACAACUGCGCCCAAGAUUGAUGUAACCAAGAUCACGCCAGAGAAUUCCAGUCUGGGUGAUCUGGAUGGUGAGACUCGCGCCAUGGUCGAGAAAAUGAUGUAUGACCAGCGACAAAAGGAGACGGGUGGCCCGAGCAGCGAUGAGCAGAAGAAGAUGGAGCUGCUGAAGAAAUUCCAGGCUGAACAUCCCGAGAUGGACUUCUCCAACGCUAAAAUGGGCUAA